AUGCCUCCUGCUACCACCAGAUGGUGGCACUGGGGGCAUUAUGGGGGAGCAGGGAAUAAGGCACCUUCUUGCCCAGUGAACAGUCACCACAGUACCUGCAUCCCUGCCUGUAAACCGACCUGUGCACACCUGAACGGUCCACCUAACUGCAGAGAUGAUGCACAUUGCCAGGAGGGAUGUGUAUGUGACGAUGGUUUUGUGUUGAAAGGGAGGGAUUGUGUGCCCAUCCAGCAGUGUGGAUGUGUGGAUAGAAAUGGAAACAAACAUCAAUUCGAUGAAGUGUGGCACAACAACCACUGCAGUGAAAGAUGUAAAUGUGAGAAAGAUGAUGGUGUCGGACAGAUUGACUGUGAUGACGAAGAAAAGUGUGAUGGAGAUUCUGUUUGUCUUCAAAGCCAAGAGGGCAAUUAUUAUUGUCAGAAAACAGAUUUUGAAGAUUGCAAUAUCGAUGGAGACCCCGAGUACAGAACGUUUGAUAAUUUGAAGUAUAGGUUUUUGGGUGAGCACUCAUAUGUGCUGGUACAGACCUACAACUUGCCAAAUCACCUUAAAGACGUGUACAUAGAGGGAAUUAAUUCACACAUUGAAGAUGAUGGAGAUGAUGACAGCAGUGAGGAAAGCCAUAGCCGCCAAGCCAGGGAUGAUGAUGAUGAUGACAGUGAAGAAGAUGAGGAACACCCAAGAUUACAGGAACUCAAAAUCAGAGUUUAUAAUCACACUGUGGAGCUCAAACCAGGAAGGAGGCUGGUUGUAAAUGGAAUAAGAACUGCUCUUCCUUUCUCACCAAGUCCGGGUCUUAACAUCCGAAAGGGCACUCACAUUUAUCUGGAGACGGAUUUCGGGCUCUCAGUAGAGUUUGACGGACGCCACAAAGCAGAUAUUACUCUACCACACCUGUACAGAGGGUUGGUGAGGGGUCUGUGUGGGAACUAUGAUAGGAGAAAGAGGAAUGACCGGAUGAAACCAGAUGGUAGCAUGGCUGCGACUGUUCAAGAGUUAGGAGAAAGCUGGAGGGUCUAAUCAUCAGAUGGAUGUAAGAAGAUAUGCCACAAAAAUAUCCUGAAGGGUUUUUCCAUGAGAAGAAAUACAACUGUUUCUGCUUAGAAGAGCCUUUACAAUAUAGUACUUUCCACUUUUGCUUAACCCAUAAAGACCCAGUACU